AUGGGGGGGACUAUAGCGGUUUUCGCUGUCCGCAUUCGGCUUCAGCCGGUUCUGCUGUGCGCAAUGUUAUCUCUUGUGUCGUUUCUAAACUAUCUCCUUUUGGCAUCUGCUGUUGCUGCGGCGACAGACGCAGCAGGUACACGGGCAGCUAGUACAGGGGCAGCAGGUGGAGUGGCAGCAGGUAAAGGAGCAGCAGGUGCAGCAGCCGAAGGUGUCUCUCCUCGCAGCAGCGCUUGGGAUAACAACGCGUUGAUGCGACCCCGCCGCUUAGCGCCCCAAGAAUGUAAAACUUAUGUGUACACCGACAGCGAGCAGGAGCCUGCAGAGAUGUCCGACCGCAGCAGUUGCCCCACAGGAGGUGGAAAGAGAGCGUUUCUGCUGGAUACGUCUCCCGAGGGAGCGGGAUCACCUGCGCUGCUGGAGGUGUCGCCUGUGCAGGCACAGCAGUAUGCAUGCCGCGCCAGCCGGCCCUGCAGUGUCGUUGUCCCUGGCUUUGGCUUGCAAGCAGAAGAGUCCAUUGCGGUGCUAAAAGGGAAGCAAGAGUGCCCCCCUUCUUCUCUGCGCAGCGCGCAGAUUAUAACUAGCAACAGGCACAUUAGCAGCUCUGCAGCAGCAACAUUUAACUUUCAAAUCCGCCCUCAAAGAACCAUUACCGAACUCCCCGUGUUUGAGCUAGGCCCCGUACAAGGAGACACCUUUACGCUCUGCUAUUCCCCCUUCUUGGCUACCCGAGGAGAGAUACCUGCAGCGAGAGAUUACCACUAUAGAGCGGGAGUCGUCUCGAUUCGAGACGAGAUGAUGAAUUGCGACUUUGAGGAGGGCAUGUGCGGUUUGAUGUCAUUUGUGGUGGAUCCCCGUCUGAGUUUGGAGUGGCGACGGCAUUCGGGCGCAACUGAGACAGCCGGGACGGGCCCUUCUUUCGACCACACUUAUGGGAGGAGGCAAAGGAGACGUGGCCAUUACUUGUAUAUGGAUUCUCCCGGCUAUAUGCUGGGUGAAAGCGCAGCUCUGCUUGCUGCAGCACAGAUAUACCCAAAGGGGUUGUACUGCCUGCGCCUGUGGUAUCACAUGUACGGCGAAGACGUAAACUCGCUGAGGGUGUAUAUGCGUUAUCUGGAGGGAGAUGCAGAGACGCUGGGAGACUGGGGCAAGCCGUACCUCUUGCGAGUUGGAGAUCACGGCGACGACUGGCUUGAGGCAGGUUUUGAGUUCACUUCUGAUGGACAUACAGCGCAGCAGCUGGUGAUAGAAGCGCUCGCAGGGUUCGGUGAAAAGGGAGAUAUUGCAAUUGACGACCUCCGUAUUGUCUCUGGGAAGUGCCCCGAGCAAAUCGCCCGAGACGUGAUGCAGCAAGAGUUCAUUUGCGGAGAAGUCCGCCUGACGACGGGGAAAUAUGCAGAAGACAAGCAGUGGUUCGUUGAAGGAGCUGUCUCGUGCGCAGGUAAAGGAUACUCUCUUAGUAGCAUGCAAGGCCGCUGGGUUCCUUGCUGCGUACCCCGCUACGGUAGCUACACCGUCGUCCUACGUGACGCCUAUGGAGAUGGAUGGGAUCGAUCCCGCCUUGAAUUCCGCUUCUUUGGAGAUCACCUGACCUUCGGAGAGGACUUUGACGGAGCUGAGAAGAAGUACAAACUCAAUAUCGGGCUCGUUCAGCUCCAGCGAGUCGAAGGCUCCGAAGAUCGUAUCGGAUUUCAAGUUCAAGUAGCCGAGCCCCACAUGCACGUCUGGUGUGGGGCUGCACAGUCCGGCACGCCCCCUCCCACCGUUGAGAUCCUCAAGCGCUACGGGAUCCGAUCCCAAAACCCUACCAGUCACGCAGGCGAAGUCCUGCGCAUGGAAAUUGCCAACAAACCCAACAGCAGACGUGUUGUCAUGCCCAACACAACGUAUAACGUCUAUUGCUACGCUGAAGCUUCCACCGCUGCGCUACGCGACCAUACAACAGCCCCAGGAGGGCGCCACCAUCAGAUCAUGGACGAUGCACAAGUAGCUGCUUCGCGAAUGGCUGUUACCACCGACAGCACGCCUCCCCAGCUAUCUAUCCAGGGAUCGGAAUCGCAUUUGAACGAAGUGGUGGUGAGGGUAGCUACGGACGAGCCUGCGACCGUGUGGUGUCUGGCGCGAGAUGCAAAGAAGGAAGCAGCAGCGGACGGGGAGGUGCCGUCUGUGGAGGAGCUGAAGAAAGGCAACAAGGUGCAAAUCCUUGAGGGUCAGGAGGGAACGUUGCGGCCUCUCGAAGUCACAGGGCUUAGCCCAGACACAGAAUACACCAUCUACUGCCUUGCUCAGGACACCGCGAUGCCUAAAGGCAACAGCAUUAGCCUGCAGCAGGUGCAGGACGCUUCGUUCGCUGUGGCGACCAAGAGCAAGGUUCCAGAGCUCUCCAUUGCCUCGUACAAGGCGUUUCAGAAGGGGUUUCGAGUCACAGUUCAAACAGACACCCCCGCAAAAGUCUGGUGCGGAGCGGCGAUGGCAGGCAGCGCCUUCCCCAGCAGAGAGGAAGUCCGCCGCGUUGGUGCCACAGCCGAAAUCGAAGAAGGUGGCUUGAAGGCAGAGCUGGAGAUUCGAGGGGUUCCCCCCAACACACGCUACACCAUUUAUUGCUUCGCAUCUUCCAGAGGUGGCAGUGCGGAGAUGACCGAUGCGCAGAUGUGGGCGAAGGCUCUAGAGGUGACGUCCUUUGGCCGCUUCUGCGAUAUGCCUGUGGAGCCUCCAGAUCUGGAGCAAGCCGAAAAGCCCACUUUGUUCGACCCCCUCACCUCCUCAGAAGAGUUCAUGGUGCGCGAGUUCAUGGCGAGACAACGGCAUUUGAACAUCGAGGGGGUGUAUCGCAUUAACCUCUUCAUUGACAAGCCCAAGAUCAUCAACCACCUCGACAAGGGGGCCCCCGCCCCCAGACGUUAUGCACGCGCCCGAGUGGGUACUUGCGUGGAAAGAGAAGGGGCCUAUCGGCAGUAUAAAGUGGGGCCCCUAGACGUGAGGAGUGUUGAUCAGAUGACGCUGGAACCUAUUGGAGUCGUGGUGCCUACCGACUGCGGCGGCUAUAACCCCCAGGGCGUCUUCGGGAGGCGGCUUUUAGCUGAGGAAGAGGAGGAGCAGCUUUCUGAUCUUCUACAGGAGUCGUUUGGGUUCGGCUUCGGCAAAGCCAAGUGCCAGUUUGAACACAAAAAGCCCCACGACCAGCACAACGGCGGCUGUCUGGAGUUUGGUCCCAUGCUGUACGAAGAAGGAGAAGAUAAGAAGAUCACCACUAUCUGGGCCGGCUUGAGGACCCCCAAUGGGGAUAACAUUCCAUUCUACUUCUUGCUGCCGGCGCCUGAAGGGGUCGAUGCGCAGACACUGCGGCAGCAGGAGGAGAGGGAGGAGCUAACGUUUAAACUCGACAAGGUAAAGGGCUACUGGUACAACGGACAGGGGUUCUCGACAUUGCGGGAGCUUGUGGAGGCGUACAAGACGGACGCGAGUUUCGAAAAGGUAACUCCGGCAAUAUUUCAGCAGCGGCUGCUGGAGCAGCAAAACCAGCAGCAGCAGCAGCAGCAGCGUCAACGGAGGGACCGGCAAGCGGCGCUUCGACGUCUUGCUCCCACUUGGCUAGCUCCCAACCCAGAGGGGCGUGGCGGCUUGGAGUAUCGAGCGGCUCCUGAACACAUCGAGCCUCAAGGGAGGCGCUACACCAUCAAGCAGUCGCCAGGAAAGGAGUCAUACACCAUCAGCUACGCAGGGUGGGAGUUCGUUAUAAACAUGGACCGCGACACUGCGUUGCGGCUGUGGGACAUCCGCUUUCAGGGGCAGCGUCUAGUUUUCGAAAUGGGUAUGAUGGAAGCUCUGGCCCACUACUCGGUUGCGGAAAGAAAUUGGUACUUCAUUGACUCGUGGUACGGUGGCUUAGGCUCAGCUUCCCGUCGACUCCACCCCGGCAUCGAGUGCUCUAAAACCGGACAGCUACUAUUCAAUGGCGGCUCUCUCUGUAUCUUUGAAAAAGACUUCGCAAGGCCACUCAGAGCCCAUUGGAAGAGCGGCACGCUAAGAGACGGCGCCCCACACCUAGCGUUGGUGCUGCGACAUAUGAUCACCGUUAGCAACUACGACUACAUCACCGACUACUACUUCCACGUCAGCGGCUGGUUCGAAGCCUCUGUCUCCUUCACUGGAGAGCUUUAUGCAGGCGUUGAGGUCCCGUGGUACUCUGCAAGACAACGCAGACACGGCACCCAAGUCAGCGGCUCGAUGAGAAUGGGAGCGUUGCACGGGCACCUCGCAGUGUGGAAGGUCGACUUUGACUUGACGCCAGACUACACCAGCAACUCCGUCGUCUUCAGCGAAAUCGUGCACGACACAGCAAGACCUGGUGCAAUCAAGCUCGACCAAUGGAUCGGGGAGAAAGAACUUGAUGGCUACAUUGCCUACAACAGCACACGACCCAUACACUACACAGUUGUUAAUGAAGACCACAACGUCUACGGAAAUGUUGGAGGAAUGACUAUUCCGAAUCCGAAGUUUGAGCUGUACACGGGGCCUUGUGCGUGGGCAAAGUACCGCGUGGCAACAACUGUUCGCCACCCUGACGAGACAGAGGCUACUCUGCCCCGUGAUAAUAAAUAUGCAUUGAAGCCCGCGGUGUCUCUCGACCGUUAUUUAAGGAACAACGAAAGCAUAAGAAAGGCGGAUCUGGUGACUUGGAUAUCGAGUGCUGUGUGGCACAUCCCAGUGGUUGAAGACAUGCCUUUAACGCUUGCACAAGGGAACACCUUAGGCUGGCUAGUAAAGCCACACAACUACUAUAUGGAAGAUAUGAGCAUGGACUUGCACAAUGCAAUAGGAGGAGCCGUUCAAGAUCCCGGUACCUGUGCCCUCAUCCGACAGGAAACACCCAAAUACGGGGCUGACAGCGCAGAUAGUUAA